AUGCUGAAUUGUCUAUUUCGAAUUUGUGUAGAUAUGCCUCUAUACCUGAAGGCUUGUGAAAAUGAUGGUCAGACUCAAUGCACAGAACAGGCUACAAGUUCUUUGGAAACUAUGAGAACCAGAUAUAUAGCAAGUGAUUAUAUAAAAGAUACUAAUCUGACAAGUUCGCAACCAACAUCUUUAAAACCCUGCAAUUUGUCAACAUGUUACAACAAAUUCUUACAAUAUUACAAAUUAUCAACAAUAACAAAUAAAACCACAAUUGCAUUAUUCAUUUAG